UUUUCCCUUUAACAUUUGUAUUGCUCUCUUAACCACAGACGUGUGGCACUGUUGUCCAUGUAAACUGCAUUUCCCAGAGUGCAUCAGUACUUUUUACGUCGACCCCUCUCGCCUCGCAGCUCAGCAGCCGCAGCUGGUGCAGCCGGAGAGGCUACUUUGUUAAAGCAAGCUACCGGAGAGGAGAACGGUAGAGCAGAUUUUCUCGGAAAAAGUGUGAACAGUUUAGGAAGCAAGGCGAGCGGAGGCCUUCCCGCCUCAUUCCUGUGUGGGGGGCCGUUCGAUGACCGCGGCAGCAGAUUUGUAGUUUGUGAGUUUUUUGCGCCGAAAGCGUGUAUCUUAAAGUUGUGCCGACAAGGAGUUUUAUCAUCCAGGAUGUCGGACUGAGACAAAGGGGUCUGGGAGGGGGGUGGGCAUUCCCGUCGGAGCGGUCAAACUUGGUUCUGGAGGCCUCCUCUGAAUGGGAAAGAUGGAGAGGGAGCUGCAGUGGUGGAAAGGACAGCUGGCUUCUGACAUCCAUCAGUCCCUGCGCAUCAAGGAGCUGAAGCUGCCGGUCUACCGAGCCCACUCCCCGCAGAUCGGCAUGCGGCGAUACUUUGCAGACCUGCUGGCCAUCCUGAGCAAUCGCUACCAGCUCUGUCCGACGGCACGCCAUUUGGCCGUCUACCUGCUGGACUUGUUCAUGGACCACUAUGAUGUGGCUGUCAAACAGCUCUAUGUCAUUGCGCUCUCCUGCUUGUUGCUUGCUAGUAAAUUUGAGGAGAAGGAGGACCGAGUUCCCAAACUGGAGCAGCUGAACUCCCUCGGCUUCAUGUGCAGCUUGAACCUUGUUCUUAACAAGAAGGAUCUCAUCAAAAUGGAGCUUCUGCUCCUGGAGACGUUCGGCUGGAAUUUGUGCAUGCCAACCCCAGCUCACUUUAUUGACUACUACCUAAAUGCUGCAGUGCAGGAAAGCGACCUGUACAAUGGGUGGCCUCUGUCCUCGCUCUCAAAGACCAAGGCUUUCAUGGACAAAUACACUCACUACUUUCUGGAGGUCUCCCUGCAGGAUCACGCGUUCCUGAGUUUCCGACCAUCUCAGGUUGCUGCUGCGUGCGUGGCAGCUUCUCGCAUUUGCCUCCAGAUUUCCCCGAGUUGGACAACUGCUCUGCAUCUCCUGACAGGCUACACGUGGGACCACCUCACCCAGUGCAUUGAACUGAUGCUGCUAGCUCACGACAAUGAUGUAAAGGAGGCCAAUAAAACCAAAUCCACCCCUCCUCAUCGACUCUCCUCUCUGCAGUCGCAGCCACAGACCUCUCACCUUUCUCCAGUUUCAUCUAUCCAGAGACCGGCCUCCUCCUCCUCCUCUUCCUCCUCUGCCUCAUCGACACCACAGUUGCUCUUUCAGCCAGAUGGCUUCCCUCACCUUUUGCAGCACUCCCCGUCUCUGUCCCAGCUGCAGGCGCUCGCUGACUCCCAGGCUUUGGGCUCUGUCGUGAGCAUGUCUCAGGACUUCCUUCAGAACCACACUAUGAGUUUACUAACUGGAGCUCCUCCUGUCACUCCUAGCGGCGUGUUCCCUUCUUACUCAAGUAUAACUUCGGGUCUGCAACCAGGGGUUCGCUCGCUGCCUCUUCAGCCCCCCAUCUCUGUUCAGAUGACGCUCGCCGCAGAACCGAGACACUGCCUGAGUAUGGCCUAUAGUGGCGGAUACCUCGGGGCACACCACACGUUUGCCGCCGGCUGCUUUGACAGGUGACGCCAGGAGACGGAGAGGGAACUCAACCCCCUGCAGGAGUCCACUGUAAUGCUUCCAUCCCAGCUCCAAACCCAGAAACACCCGCUUACAGACCUCCUGUCUCUCUCCGUCGGCCCCGCAGCACCUCCCACCCGCCCUGCUGCCCCCACCCUCCCACAGAGACGCUCCAGACGCAAGCAGAGGUCCAAAGGAAAAGCAGUAGAAGUCAUCACGUUGACGUGACCAACUCCCCGCCUCAUGUGAAAUACUGAGGCUCCUCAGACGUGUUGCUGCCAUCUUCUGAACUGGAUUUAUAAAUGUGUUUUAUUGAGACUGUCAUCACUGUGAAUGAGAUGAAAGCAGCAGUGCGAUCCAACAGCCUCCUCAUUCAGUGCCUGUGCUCUCAGUUGUGUAUGAAAGCUGAGCCAAAUCUAGUGGUGCGCAAAACACAAAGUAUCUGUGAUAAGGAUUACUUGCUGCUCAACCGGUUUUUCUUUUCAAAACUCCAUAUUUAAACAUGCGUGUUAGUUUUUUUUAAAAUCUCUUUUCCAUUUUGUGAGGUGGAGAAAAUACAUUUUUAUAUUUUAGGAUGAAUCUCAUUAGAAAACUGGAUUUUUCUUUUUUUUCCCCCCCAGACUGCCUGUGUCUCUUGCAAACGAACAAACAUUGCAAGAAUGAGCUCAGUGGCUCCUCCACUCAUUUGUCACAACAAUAAAACCUCUGAGGAGACCCAAGAGUUUAUUUUUGAGUGCAGGUCAAGUCUGCAGCUCCAACAGGUCUCCUGUAUUAUCUAAUUGUUUUUUUUUUCUUUUCCAUCUUGUCUUUUUUUUUUUCGCUCUCCAUCUCCUACGUCGGGCCUUGUGGCGGAGCCUCACCCAAACAGGUGAAGCACGGCUCCAGGCCUCUCCAUACUAAAGGUUUAGCUUUUCCAACACCACUCAAAGGAAACAAAGCGAUGUGACUGGACCACGUGACGGAGACAUGAAGCCUUGCUCGUGUGUUGUACAUAUGAAUUGCUGCUGCCUUUCUCAUGAACUGUUGGUUCAGUGUCUGUGUUAAUGACUCGAUGUUUACAUGAACCACUUUCAGGGACUUUAUCAAGAAUUACUUGAAUACAAUGCCAUUGAAACAUGCCAUAGCUUUUAUUUAUGACCUUUUUCUGUGUUUUUUGAAUUACUUAUGUUUCUCGUAGUGUAGUUUUUUUUAUACUAAUGUAGAAAAUAUUGUUGAUUAAGUUUAGUUUUCCUUGUUUUGUCCAUUGAAACUGUCUUUUGGAGGUUUUAAGACUGAAGCUAGCUUCCCUCUCCAUCAUUCUGUGAUGUGCUUUAAUCUGAAGCGCUAAUGCUUCAUCCUCCUCUUCAUCACUGGACCAUGUACACUUCAGUAUAGAAAUGCAUGGAAUUCCUUUACUAGAUAGCGAAGUGAAAACCACGGGUUUGCUUGUAAACAUAUUCGGCUAAUAAUGGCCUCUAAUUGCAUCCUAGAUAUCUAAGGCCACAAGUGCAAGCCUUCCACUUCCGUUUGAAGUUUAAACACUUCCAGAUUACCACUGCUGAUCCCAAGGGUUUCCCACUGGUCACCAUGGUGAUCAUUUAAACAUAUGGGCCCCACGUUUGGUGGAGUUUAAGGCCAUUCUGUGGCCUUUGGUUAUUGAGUGUUGGCUAUUAACUCGAUUAUUGAUCAAAGUACCAAAAACAGAUGAAGUUUCCAUUCUGAUGCCUUCUCUUUAAACUUUUACUGCCGACAUGUAAUCCGUUUACCUUCAGGGAGGCCAAAAAGAUGCAUAACGUGCGGGUUUUCAUCAGAAGUGUGAGCUUCAUCUGAAUACAAAUAAUUGUGCUGGGGUUGAAGUUUUAAGGCUUUUUUUCUGCUGAAUUUACACACUGGACGUCACUUCGUGUUGGUGCCUUGCCCUCAGCUGUUCCAUGUCACAUAUGUUCUUCGACAUCUUGAUCAAAUAGAACGAGUUCCUUUUAUUUGUGAGGACUUUCUGCGUCCCAGCAGAACAAGUACACAGCGUGUUUUUUCUUAACUUUUAAUGUUUUGUAAUUUUUUUUUUUUACAUUCCAGUAACACUCACAUUUUAGUAUUUUUGUUCUUCUCAGCAUGAAGGUGUCAAAGGUGCAAUAACUGUUUUACCUGCUCACAGCUGUCACUGUCUUGUGUGUACCACUGGUUCAUCCCUUUGUAACUUAUUUUUGAUACUUGUGUAACUUACUUUAUCUCCUCUAGAGGGCAGUGGGCUCUGAAACAUAAAUAUGUUGCACAUUGCAGCCACAUGGUUUGAGUGAUAGAUAUUACUGACUGCUUUGGUUUUAGAUAGAAUCCCACUGUUCCUGUUUUCUAAAAGGUGCUGGUUUGACGUAAACCAAACUUGGCCGAUGCUGAUGAUGAUACGGCACCACAAACUUUAUUUUAUUUUUAUAUAUUUUUUGUAUUGACCUGUAGUCUUGGUCUAUGUGACACAGUGAUUAAAGACAAAGAAAAACAAAAGAAAUAUGAAGUGCCAUGACAAAAUAAACACAAGUGAGCUCA